UGAUCUAUUCUGAUCUGCUCAUUUUGGUAUUUCUCUGCUUCUGACAGAAUCAAAAUUGACAGUUGUUUUGACAUUUAAAAGCUGAGCAUUGAGCAGCAUUAUAUUCAGCUGUCAACCAAAAAUAUCAGAAACAAUAUAAUCUGUUAUUUAGUUAGAAAACACGGGAUGGUUUUAUUAUAUAAAUUUGAGCAAUAGCUUGUAAUAAGUGAAAGUAAAAGUAAAAUGUCUUUGAUUCUAAAAUAUGGCAUAGCGGCGUGCAUUAGAUUUAUGUUAUUAAAUUCAAAAUACAUGCAAACUAUAUCUGAUCGCAUUGAAAUAUCUACACCUCUCAAUUCAUGGAAAAGAAUUUUAGAAGGAACUUAUCUUUACGAACAUGUGGUGGAUCCUUAUGAUGGAGAUUUAUUUCAUGAAUCUCCACUUAUUUUAGUUAGUGGUUCUUACCUCCUAAAACAUUUUCCAGGAUUAUUAUCGUUUAUAUUUAUUACACUAGAUUUACUGACCGCUUUUUGCUUAGCAAAAACCGCUGAGCUAUUCAUGCAUGAACUGAUGCAAAAACAAGGGAAUAACAAAUCCUCAUAUUCAAAAGAUAUCAUUGAACAACUUCUAAUAAAAGAUUCACAAUUUAAAAUCAUUCCUGUAUACGUAGCCACAUGUUAUUUGUUUAAUCCUUAUACAAUAUUAAGUUGUGCUGGGAUGGCAACAGCUGUAUUGGCUAAUCUGUUUCUAGCUCUUACCUUUUUUGGCAUGAUUUAUGGAUCUAGGAUACUUUCAUGUGUAAGCUUAGCAAUGGCUUCGAUUCAGUCGUUGUAUCCGGCUAUACUACUUUUUCCUAUAAUAAUAUAUAUAAAUCAGAAAUCAAGUAGUCGUGUUAAAUGUUCUGCAUUAAGAACACUGAUUAUAUAUUUUGUAUGUGUAGCCGCAUUGCUAUACAUAUCAAGUCUGAUAGUUGGAUCAUGGAAAUUUAUCCAUGCAACUUAUGGAUUUAUAUUGAAUGUACCUGAUUUGCGACCAAACGUUGGUUUAUUUUGGUAUUUUUUCACAGAAAUGUUUGAACACUUCCGACCGCUUUUCAUAUGUGCGUUCCAGAUUAAUGCAACAUUUUUGUACUUGCUUCCGCUCUCUCUUCGUCUCAAACAUGAGCCUAUGUUAUUAGCAACGAGUCUCGCAGCUUUAAUUGCUAUAUUCAAAUCAUAUCCUGGUCUGGGUGAUGUUGGAUUUUAUUUAGCCUUAUUACCAAUGUGGAAGCAUCUAUUUUAUAAUAUGCAACAAGGAUUUAUUGUGGGCUGUUUUUUUAUCGUAACAUCUGUACUUGGUCCAACUGUUUGGCAUUUGUGGAUAUAUUCAAAAUCAGCCAAUGCUAAUUUUUUUUUCGGUGUUACAUUGGCAUUUGCUACAGCACAGAUUUUUUUAGUCACUGAUAUCUUAUUUGCCUAUAUUAAAAGAGAAUAUACCUUGAAGAGUGGCUUGAAACGAAUAUUGAAAGGCAAACCUGCAAAAUUAGCUUUAGAAUAAUUUUAUUAUAAUGUUUGAAUUGAAAUGUAUUUGAAUUUAAAUAUGAGUUAAGUUUUAAAUAAAAGCUUUUUUAUUUUUACAUUAUAAUAUUAUGCCAUUAGCCUAUAUUGUUACACAGUUAAAUUUAAAUGUAUUUAAUAAAUGGGUUUACAACUAAACAAAUCACAAACACACAUAAAUAUAAUAAAAACUGGAUGAAAAUAAUUGAAUAUAUAUAUAAAUA